AGGGGGCCGCAAAAAUCCCGCCCCUCCGAGGGCCGGCUCUUGCCUGCCGGCCUCUCCAGCCGCUUUCCCCGUCAGCCGGGGCAGUUUCGAUUCCCGGCCGCGCGGCCGCCGCUUGCACCUCCCGUCCGGCUCUCGGCGGCGAUGCUGCGGCUCUGCGCCCCGGGCUCGCCGGGCCCGCACCCCCUCCGCCGCGCCCUGCCGCCCGCAGCCUCCGCCGUCCGCGACCGCCUGCAGGAGUGCGCGGAGCGGAUCCCGGAGGCCGGAGCGCUACUCGACCUGCUGGAGAAAUGCCCUGCGCAUCAGCAGAAGGGAAGAUUUCCCGUCGUGGUUUUCGAGGGGCUGGACGCCACAGGCAAAACCACUGUAACCCAGUCUGUUAAGGACACCCUGAAUGGCUUUCUGCUGAGGUCCCCACCAGCUUGCAUCAGCCAGUGGAGGGCAGUAUUUGAUGAUGAGCCAGCACCCAUUAAAAGGGCAUUUUAUGCUGCGGGCAACUACAUUCUUGCUUCAGAAAUAGCAAAAGUGUCCACUCAGGCACCUGUGAUCGUAGACAGGUACUGGCACAGCACAGCUGCCUACACAAUUGCCACUGAAAUAAAUGGGAAAGUCCAGGAUCUUCCACCAGCUCAUGAUGAGGUGUACCAGUGGCCUGGCGAUCUGCUUAAACCUGAUCUUGUUCUUCUCCUGACUGUUGACCCAGAGGAGCGAGUCCGGAGACUUCAGCGUCGGGGCCUGGAGAAAACAAAGGAGGAAGCUGAACUGGAAGUUAACACCUUGUUUCGCCAAAGAGUUGAAGAGUCAUACAGAAGGAUGGUGAAUCCUUCAUGCCAAGAGGUAGAUGCCAGUCCUUCCAAGGAAGAGGUUCUCAACACAGUGCUACAGCUAAUUAAGAAACACUGUUCUUUGUGAAAGCAAGUUCUGCAUAAUACCACUUAAAACAACUGUCUAUUGCAAUUCAGAGAUACUUUUUAUUACUCCUCUGUGUUUAGUACCGGAAAAUGCACUGUGAUGUGCUUUGUCUCACUGAAAAAUCUCUUUCUUCUGUCAGCAAUAAUCUGUACAGAUUAUCUUUUUCACCAUUGCCUACUAUACUUUUCUGUAAAAGGCAAAAUAUUACAUGUUAUUCAGCAUUCUUAGUAAAGCCACAAACAUACUAGGGUUAUGUACAAAGUACUUCAGAGUGCUCUCUAACACUGUGGCAUUUCAAGAUACUAUCAUGUUGCAUCUUCAUCACCAGGAAAACCUGUUCCUGCAUCCAUCGUGUACCAGGAUUCACUGGACUGCAGCAGGGAGAAGCUGAAAUGUCAUCCAUCAAUAAACAAUAAAAUGAAACAAUCCAGUGGCCCAGUGUUGCUUACUGGAAUAAAGGAUGAGCAGCUGUUGCUAUGAUGGGCAUACUGGAAAAAAUGUACCUUAAGUGAGGGCCAGUAAGCAUCUAGGCCUCUAAGUGGUAAAGUCCAAGCCCGUCAACACAUGCAACUGAAAUAUUGAUUUAUGUCAGAGGGAAACAUAUGCUGGCAUAUUAGAAACAGAGGCCUGAAAAGAACCUGAAAUUAAAAAAAGAAAAAAAGGAUUAUAAAUGGUUGCUGAAUUAUUUUCCUACGAAAUAUUUUAUCUAUCCUAUUAAUAUUUGUUAAUGUCAAUUUGUGUUAUUUUGAGAGAAUGUGAAAUGAAAAUCUGCAGAGAAUGCGGGAGAGUGGGAAUGAUUGUACCUUUUCACUUCACCUUUUCCUCCUUGGGUGGGUUUUUGUGCAUGCUGAAUGUGAAAGCAGGCUACUGUCACGACUUCAGCUCUGCAAAGGCUCAUUUUUAUGUGCAUUAUUUUCACUAUUGUUACUCCUAAGUGUAAAAUUAAACAUAUGGAUAAGCCUUUCUGGGGUCAGAAGUUAGCUGCAGAUCUGGAAAGAAAAUAACUAAAAUGUAAAUUUUAUUAAAAACAUUAUUUUUACUUACUUUCCUGGGUUAAACAAGUGCAAUUAUCAGUGAAUCAGUCCUGUAAAUAAAAGUCAGUACUGCAGUUCCUAUACCCAAUCUGUAGAUCCAAGGUGACAGAAAGAAAAACUUCUAAAAAUAUGUUUUAUUCAUGCACUGUUUCAUGUUUAUGAUUAUAUGCUAUUAAUAGAAUACAUUUAUACAUACUA